AUGACACAGGAACAAAAGAUGGAGAAGCCCAGGUUUUUCAAAGACGAAGAGGAACCGAUAUUGCCUGGGAAAGAUGAUCAAGAAGAUCAAGAAGGUCAAUCGAGAUCGCUUUUUGUUCAAGAUGAGGAUGAUGAGGAUGAUGAGAAAGAGAGAUUUUGCUCGUGUUUACAGGAUUUGGUGGGGGAGAAUUCCGUGUCAGCUUCUCAACUUCUUUCGCUGUGGCAGAAAUACGGUAGAGUUGAGAAUGGCAUUAGCAUAGCAGCAAACAAGUAUUUUGAGGAGAUGGAGGCGAGUGAACGGAGUAAAAAUAAUGAUGGGAGUGGUGAUUCUGUGCCUAUUGUUAUUGAUCUUUCUGAUGAGGAUGACGAUGGCGAUGAUGAACUGUCGGUUGUUUCUUCAUCGCAGGUUGUUUCUAGCAAGAGGACGAGUUCUCAGGCAGGUUUUUACUCUAGUGAAAAGGAUGCGCGAAUGAAGGAAGAUACACAAGCGGAAUGGGUGAGGUAUGUUGGGACUAUUUAUACGACUGGAUUUGCUACACGGCCAACUGUGAAGCCGGUUCCUGUUGGAUCACAUCUUGGGUUCAAAAAAACUGUACCGAAAACGCUUCCCUUGGUGAGCAAGUCGUCUAGUUCUCAACACUGCUCGCAUUUGGUUCGUUUGAUGGACUUGGCUCAGAACAGGGAGCUUGGGAGGAUACCCGAAGAGAUUGCACGAAUUGUGUAUCCGUUGCUGGACUACCGUUCGGAAAUCCGGCUUGAGCCAUACCUACUGGAUAACAAUGGGAAACGGUUUAGUGUUGGGGACGAUAUAUACAUAAGAAUUGAGUGCUAUUUGACGUCUAACAUUUUCACAAAGGCUGAGGAAGGUGCUGCUAGCAUCAGGUCAUCCCUGAGUAAUCGUACUAUGGAUGUGAGUCAGCUACAUCGCUCGGAGGCGAUCAUGGCGUUGUUUGACGCAAUUAAUAUCAAGCCAGUAUACGGCGACACUUCCAAGAGAGAGAUAGAAUCGAUAGAAACGCAACCAAAAGAGCUUCCUGAUUCUGAGAGUGAUGGCUCGGGUUUUUCUGCUACUCAAUUUCAGGAAGAGGCUAUGAACAUUAAUCAACUUAAAUCAUUCUACAGAAUAACGCAGUCUGCAGAUUCAUUGCAGAAACUACCAGAAACUACCCCUGAUGACACGGUCUUCAACUUUCAGUUAAGGAGAUAUCAAAAGCAAAGUUUAUCUUGGAUGCUUAAAAGGGAGUAUGAGUAUAAGCAUUUGUCUAAGGAAGCUGCUGAAAUGUCCAUUGAUGGUAACAGUAUGAACCCACUGUGGAAAAAAUUCAGUUGGCCUGAUAAUCGAAUAAGCAAACACAAUGAUGAUGAUGAAGAAGGAGAGAAAUUCUUCUAUGCGAAUUUGUAUACGGGUGAAUUUUCUACUGUAAAGCCAGUGAUAAAAGCUAUGGUCAACGGUGGCAUAUUAGCAGACGAAAUGGGAUUGGGGAAGACAAUUUCGGCUCUAGCUCUAAUUUGCACAGCAAGCUAUGAUGAGGAGUAUAGUACUAAAUUAGCAACUACCAAAAGUCUCUCCAUCAAGGACGUGGCGACUAAAGAAGCCUCUCCAACCUUCUUUUCUCAACAAACUGGUAAAUUGAGCCUGUCACAACAAAAAAAUGGAAACUAUGCAUACAAAACAACAUUAAUUAUUGUCCCAAUGUCAUUAUUGAACCAAUGGCAAACGGAAUUUGAAAAGGCCAAUAAUGAUUCAUCGAAACGAUGUGAAAUAUAUUAUGGAAGCAAUAUCAAAGACAUCAAGUCAUACGUUCUUGGCCCAAACCCGCCAUCUGUAAUAAUUACCACCUACGGUGUUAUUCAAAGUGAGUACGGUAGAGGGCGUGAUAGUUCAAAUAUCUUCGAUGUUGUUUUCUUCAGAAUAAUACUUGAUGAGGGUCAUACAAUAAGAAAUAGAAUGACAAGGACUUCAAAAGCAGUAAUAGCACUUAGAAGUUCUAGAAAAUGGAUUCUUACAGGCACGCCAAUCAUCAACAGGCUAAACGAUCUCUUUUCACUAGUGCAGUUUUUGAACUUGGAACCAUGGUCGCAUAUAAACUAUUGGAAUCGUUAUAUCUCGGUGCCUUUCGAAAAAGGGAAAUAUGAGCAGGCAUUUGACGUGAUAAACGCUGUAUUGGAGCCUGUCCUUCUAAGAAGAACCAAAAAUAUGAAGGAUAUUGAUGGUGAACCUCUAGUGUCACUACCACCGAAAGAAGUGGUCGUUGAGAAAUUUGAUCUCUCGCCGGUGGAAAACAGGGUUUACCAAUCACUCUUAAAGGAUGCAGAAAAUUCGGUUAAAGAAGGUUUAGCUAAAGGUGACUUAUUGAAAAAUUACACGAAUAUUUUGGUUCACAUUUUAAGGCUCAGACAAGUUUGCUGUCAUUUAGACUUGGUCAAAGAAGCUCCAAAGGAAGAAAAUGAUGAAGGUGACCUUGAAAAUUUGGAUGAAACUUCAACUCCAAAUAUAACAGCUAUGUUGGCCUUGGAAAAGGACAGUACUUCGAACAAGAGAAUGUCCAGUGAAAAGUUAACAAGGCUAAAUAACGCAUUCAACGAAAAUCACAAAGCUACCACAUCUACACCGGACUUUGAAUGUGCUAUUUGUACGACUGAAUCAAUUCAACCCAUAUCUGCUAUUUCGGUUACUGAAUGUCUCCAUACAUUUUGUGAACAAUGUUUAGCAGAAUAUAUUGACUUCCAACACAACAAGAAACUGCCCAUUAAUUGUCCUUAUUGCAGAGAACCAAUAUCGGAUACUUCAAUAUUGAAGUUAAGUGAGCCUAUAGAUACCAAGAAGGGAUAUGAAUUGGUGCCUUUUGAAUCACAUUUCCAAUCAACCAAAAUCAAAGCUUUGCUAAAGCAUCUUAAACAAAUUCAAGAAACUUGCCCCGGUGAGCAAGUCAUUGUAUUCUCGCAAUUCUCUUCGUUCUUGGAUAUACUCGAAAGAGAAUUGGGGUCUCAUUUGCCCAAAGAUCAAGUAAAAAUCUAUAAAUUUGAUGGACGCUUAGAUAUGAAGGAAAGAACCAGACUAUUGGAACAAUUCCAUACAAAAGAUCUAAGUUGCAUUAAGCUCUUACUUCUAUCAUUGAAAGCAGGAGGAGUCGGUUUAAACUUAACAUGCGCCUCUAGGGCCUUUAUGAUGGAUCCCUGGUGGUCUCCUGGGAUGGAGGAUCAAGCUAUUGACAGAAUCCAUCGUAUAGGGCAGCAGAAGACUGUCAAAGUAGUCCGGUUUAUUGUAAACAAUAGUGUAGAAGAGAAAAUGCUAAGAAUUCAAGAAAGGAAGAGACUAAUUGGUGAUGUUGUAGAUGGUGAUGAGGAGCAAAGAAGGAAGAAAAGGGUUGAAGAAAUCCAAAUGUUGUUCCAAUAA